AACUCAUUUUGAUAUACAUAUUUCUAACUCUCAUAUAAAUAAUUGUUAUUAACUAUCAUUCAGGAGUACUAUCUUCAUCGGGACAAACUUUCUUCCUCUCAUCGCCGGUAAAGACGGCCAUGGCCGGAUCUCAACACCGUCCACAACCAGACCUCCUUCUUCUCCCCUUAGCUUCACUGUUAUUUGGAUUUGGAGCUCAAGUUUCGGCUUUCUGAGUAUUGGACUUCCUCAUCUUCUCAAUCUCAACCGCGGGAACAAGGGGCUUCAUUUUGGAAGGGAAAGGAAGAUACGAAGUCAGGGUUUCACGUUUCUGGAGUAGCAAAACCCAUUGUUCGCUCCAUUUGCUCCAACGGUUCUGGAUUACCAAAACCCAUCGCUUUUUCUGGAUUACCCUCCAACGGUUCUCGUAUCAGCCCCAUUUUUCGCUCCGAAGGUCCUCCAACGGUUCUCGUGUCAGCCCCAUUGUUCGCAACUCCGUCGGGACAGGUUGUCAAUGCAUUCGAGUCCGGUGAGCAUCUGUGGAUUGUCAGGGUUUGAUGGUUAAACCCUAUUUGCAACCUUUGUGUAGCAUCUGUGUGAGAGAGAGCAUGCACCAGACUUGGAUCUGAAACUCUUCUCUCUGAUUUGGGUCCUGGAAAAAGCUUCAGAAGCUUCAGGCCGAUAUGGUGACCGAUCCGGGAAAACUGUACUUUUCUGUAUCCAGAAUCCCAGAUUGGUAUUGGCUGAGAGCCUGAGACCGAUACGAUACCCAAGAACUAAAUUCCUGGUUGCACUUGCCUAUUUUGAAUAUUAGAAGGGUAUUUUGGUAAUCUGAUACACUAAGGCCCUUUUCUCAUUCGAUUCUCACAUUAACAACGAAAGGGUUUGGGGUUUUAGAGAAGACCAACUCAGCAUUGCCGGAGGAGACGACCACAAUCGGGAUUGAUGGUGUUAAAGUGGUUUAUGUUUCUCUUUAUUUAGAUCAUCACUUCAAUCUAAGAUGGCAGGUUUAAUUUCCAAGUGUUCAAGUGUGGGUCGUUCGAUGUUGGGUGGCCUUGGCAACAAUUCUCAGCGUUUUCUUGGAACUUCGCAUGAGAUAAUGAGGAUGACAUGCAACCAAUUCUUAUCUCAGCAGCAUAGAACAUUCAUACAGAUGAGGACCAAUCUGAAAGUUGUGGAUAACUCAGGGGCGAAGCGGGUGAUGUGCAUACAAGCUCUGAAGGGGAAGAAAGGGGCAAGGUUGGGAGACACUAUAAUAGCAUCAGUAAAGGAAGCCCAGCCUCGGGGCAAAGUGAAGAAAGGAGAUGUUGUAUAUGGUGUGGUUGUGCGUGCUGCUAUGCAGAGGGGCCGUUGUGAUGGGAGUGAGAUCAAGUUCGAUGACAAUGCAGUAGUCCUUGUCAACAAGCAAGGAGAGCCAAUUGGAACUCGUGUAUUUGGACCUGUCCCACAUGAAUUGAGGAAGAAAAAGCAUGUUAAAAUUCUCACUCUAGCAGAGCAUAUUGCAUGAGGUAUCAUUUUCUUCCUGAGGUAUCAUUUUCUUUCUUUUGGUUUUUUGAUUGUUAAAUUUUUCCCUGCAUCUGGGAAGAGUGUGAAUUGGGUAUUAGGGGCAUAAUGUUGUAUUGCCAAAAAACAGUAUGACCAUGUUUGAUUCGAGUCUUUAAGCUGCCUCAAGCACACAAAUUUUUGUUUGGAGUAAAUGCCCCCCUCCCCCCUCCUCUUUCUUUUUCUCUGUGUUAUGCUUGUAUCAAAACAUGCAAUGACAGGUUGUUUAAUUGGCUUCUAUUCAUUUUCUUUUUCCAA